AUGGCCAAGCCGGGGUUCUACGCCGGUACGUACAUCAUCCUCGACACUUUGACGUCAUGCUUCGCAGACCACCGCUGACCACCGCUGACCGACCCCCCUCUUUGUCGCGCACAGUGAGAAGAGGUCGACAACCUGGCGUCUAUGCGACGUGGUCCGAGGCCGAAGCCCAAGUCAAAGGUUUCACUGGAGCGGUGCAUAAGAAAUUUGCCGAUCGGCAAUCCGCAGAACACUACGUCAACGGACUCGCUUCGUCGUCGUCAACCACAGCUACCUCCUCUUUAGCGGCAACUCAAGCAGUGCAGCGACCCAAGAGGGAGAGCCCACAGGACGCGAGCAAGGAUACCAGACCUACCAAAUUGGCCAAAGUGACCGCAAGCAGCGGUCAAGCGCGCAAAGACGAGACGAGAAUCGUCUAUUGCGAUGGAUCGUCGAGGGGGAACGGGCAAAAGGGCGCCGUCGCGGGAAUAGGGGUCGUUUGGCAACAGGGUGUCGACGCUUCGUCAGUGAUCUCAUAGGGAUUCUACCUUUUAGAUCCUGCUAAACUGACCAAAGCAAACUUGGGUGAUGACUCCGUCCGGAUCUUCGCCUCAGGAACCUCUCGGAGCGACUACCCGGCAAGCUACAGACCAACAACCGGGCCGAGAUGUAUGCAAGUCCAAGGUCAAGUACCAUGAUGCAGCAUGUGCAUAUACUGACUCUACUCUGUUCAUCCACCCUCACCUGCAGGCCGUAGCCCGGAUCCUCGAAGAAGACCCCCACCCGGAGCUUCCCCUCACCAUCUGCUCCGACUCGCAAUACACCAUUUCCGUAUUCUCGCAAUGGAUACCUUCCUGGCGUGCACGCAACUGGAAGACUUCCAGCGGCGGUCCCGUCAUGAACAAAGAUUUGAUCCUCUACAUCCUCUCCCUCAUCGCGUCUCGACCCAGCCCCGAUCCGAACUCCCUCACUUCGAAUAUCUCGUUCCGCAAAGUGAAAGCCCACGUGGGAAUCGAAGCGAAUGAAGAAGCGGAUCGGUUGGCGAAUCUGGGGGCGUUCAAACCUGUGACUAAGGAUCGGGACUUCGCGAAAGAGGCUAAGGAUAUGGAGGAUAAGGUCAAGAGGGAGAACAAGGGGAUCAGGAGGGCCGAUUCGGUCGAGGUUGAGGUCGAGGUUGAUGCAGGCGAUCUGCUUACAGAGGUGAGCAAUACUUCUGGAUCGACGUGGCAUGUGCUUGAUUGGCUCACAAAAACCUGGGAUCAUACGCAUGUGCUGCCCAUCGAUCGCAGGAGGAGUUGAGAGAACUCGACGAACAGCAAAACUUUUGA